AUGAGUCCACAUGAGGUCAGAUCAGUGUCGACAUUCUUGGCUGGAGAUCGAAGCGUUGACUCCCGAAAAAUUGGCACAGAACAUUGGCCAUUAAAGUUGAAUGUGCAGUUCUAUGAACAUUCACCUGAAGAAUACUAUGCUAAGGCAUGCAUUCUGACCGAGAGAACCGGCCAAAUCACCUGUUUUAUGAAUUCCACUUACAGCAGAGACGCUUUAUUAGAUGAGUGCGACUCCACGAGAAUGGGAGUGUCAUCCUCCUUCCCGAUGCUGAUACUCACUUGCCUCUUGAUAGUACUAUUUCUUGCCGUAGGAGCUGCAAUCAUUUUUCUCAUCCAUCAUAUAUUCGUCCAUUUCUUCCACGCAGCCAGAUCGCAUCGGAAAUUCCAUAAAAAGUCUCAAUGCACCGCUCUGUUACCUGCGAUUCAAACCCAAAAAUUCGAUAUCGAAGAAGAUCGUCUUACAGUCAUCGAGGAAGAGAAGGAAGAAACAUCGCGAAUGAGUCCAUCCUCGUCGAGUACGGAAAUGGGAAACGAUGGAAAAGUUUUCUCUUUCAUCUCGAACGAAACAACGCGCACAUCACCACAACCUGUACAAACGGUU